CUUCGUCUGGAGUUCUCGCUGCCGCCUUCGACGUACGCCACCAUGGCCAUUCGGGAAGUACUCAAGUUGGACACCAGCAUCAAGAAACAGACACAGCUCAACACCACGUGGUUCAACUGACUCAGGGAUGACAGACAAUAUUAGACGUGAAGAGCGAUCAACUAAUCAGAGUCGAAGCUGCCAUUUCAAUGGAGUCGAACACGUCGGACUUGGAUUACAUGACCUCCCCUUCACCUCCUUUCUUCCAAUGUGACUACACUGAUUGGUCUCCAUCUUUCUCCAUCAUCCCCUGCGUCUACUUGCUGGCCUUUGCUCUGGGUUGCCUAGGCAACGCUCUGGUGCUGUGGGCCUACCUGGACCGAGUCGACGGGAGGAGGCGUAAUCUUAAGGGACUUUACAGGCCUUGUUGUUGGAAUGAGAAGGAGUGUGGUUACCGCACUAGGAGAAACACUUCCUCCAGCUCCUCCUCAUCCGCCACAACUCAGCCUUGCUCCCUGACUGACUCUUUGAUAGCUAGCCUAGCUUUAGCAGACCUGUGCUUCCUCGUGACCCUUCCCCUGUGGGCGGUAUACACGGCCCUGGGGUACCACUGGCCAUUCGGGCAGACACUGUGCCGUCUCAGCAGCUUCCUCACCGCCCUCAAUAUGUAUGCCAGCGUCUUCAGCCUGAGUGUCCUCAGCGUGGAGCGCUACUGGGUUCUGACCGGACUACGUCGCCGCCGCCCACCCGGCCAGGCCCCAUGGGUGUUGGCAGGGUUAUGGUUGCUAGCUGGGGUUCUGGCACUUCCCGGCUUGCUGCUGCGUUCCGUUCAGGAGGCCGACUGGCCGGAUGAGUCAGGUUCCGUAGCGUGCCAGAUGGACUACUCCGCCCUGAUAGGUGACGAACUCGACGAGGACGAGAGAGAGCGUGCCCAGUUGUGGUGGGCGGCGGUCCUGAGCCUCAAGUCCACGUUGGCCGGCUUCCUGUUGCCCCUAGUCAUCCUACUGAUGUGCUACUGUUCCCUAGCCCGACUUCUCAGCCGACACUUCGGCCGUGGACCUCGACCUGACCGCCGCCGCCAGCGUAGGCUCCUCAGGGUCAUCGUAACCCUGGUAUUGGCCUUUUUCCUUUGCUGGCUUCCUCUGCACGUCAACAAGAAUUUGUCCCUACUCCUGGAGUUUGGGUACCUGCCGUACUCUUGCACUUUGGAUCAGAUUCUGCUGGCGGCGCACCCGUACGUCACCUGCGUCGCCUACCUUAACUCCUGCCUCAACCCACUGCUGUACGCCGCUUGCGACCCAUCUUUCUGUAAGAGGUGCAGGCAGAUGCUUAUGCUACUGUGUGAAGCACGAAGGAGAAAAGAAGUGAAAAUAAUUUUGUCCCAUAAGGAGGUGGUGGAAAGGAGAUCAGACAGCCCUAUGAGGACACAGGAGGAAACUGCAGACAAGAUUCAGGAGACGGACAUGGUCACUGAAGGGCAAGCAGUUUAGUUUUUCUCAAGGCACAGCUUAAGAACCACACUCCUAAUAUAGCAUCAUCAAUCAAGCACUGAGCGGAUUCCAAAACCUAGCUUAAAUCGAGGGACCUCUGAUGUAUUCUAGUCUUUGGACGUGUUAUAAAUCCUCAAAGGUCAAAAUCAACCAAUCACAACCAUUGAAAGUUUUGAAGAGUUAGUGUUCAUUGUACAGUAUUUCCAUUGAAUCCCACUUGAAAUAUAAAGCAUAAUGUGACAUGCGUCAAUGGCCUGCUGUCAUUUGCACUUAAUGUCUCCUUAAGAUUACAUAUUUGAGGAAAUAUUGUCUCAUUCCUACAAAUAUUUGUCCUUUCGCUUACCUAUUAGUCUAUGGUCAAUGUCCUCGUCUCCGUGAUAGAAUUUCUGUUGAGAAUGGCUAGCAUGUAAACAGAGGAGCGAGAACCUAGAGAGAAAACCUACAACUGGAGACACGGAGAUGAACUGGGUAGUAGAUAAAAAGAGGAAACCGUGAAUGAGAAAGACGAGAGGAACAAUGAAUUGCUUCAGAAGAGAAAAAAGCUAAAUUGGUGGAGUUUUUUUGCUGAUUUUUUUAUCAUACUGCAAAUAUUUUAUGCUUUUAUUAUAUAUUUUCCUAUCGAAAAAUUUUGUUAAGAACGUAUGAAAUGAUGGUUACAGUACGGUUUGUCCAAAGAGCUUUUCAAGACGUUUUGACUUAUUUCUAUAUAAAUGAAGAAAUAAACCUGAAAAAAAUACUCAAGAUGUGCAUAUUUACAGUGUUAUUUAAUUGUAUUGUAGUUAACAUUUUAUAUCGAGUUAUAUAUUUUGUAUUUAUAGUUAUUGGUGUGUAAUAACGUGUUAAGGUGUAUAUUGUUUGAACUGUAUUUCAAAUAUCUUUCCUAUGUUGUGCAGUAUAAAUUUAAAAUGUGUAAAAUGAUUUUAUUAUUUUUUACACACAGUUUAUUAGUAUAUUUUCCCCCUCUGUUUAUUAAACCAUUAUAUUUUUGUGCCCCCACUUAUAAAUAAAUGACACCCAAAAUAAACAACAUUCACUUGUGUUGGAGGCAAAGCGCAAUAACGUGAUAUUUUCAGAGGAGGCGCUAUGAUCCAUACAG